AUGAGCCAAAGCCCUUUGGAACCCAGAGACGAACGGCCGUCGCGCACGUCAGGGCCGGCGGAUGACCGAGUGUUGGAGAGCGCGCGCAACACCGCAGAUCGACUCCACCGAGAUAUGGCUGUGGCGGCCGCGGCCGCUUCGGCGGCGAGUGUGCAGAUCUCCGAGCCGUACGCGAGCGGCAGCGAAGAGGAAGAAGUGCUUAUUGACGACGAGGAAUACCAGCUUAUCCUCUCUCCCUACCACGCGGCCAGCGCCAGCGGCGGUGGAGGAGGUGACGCUUGCCCGCCUCUCUCUCUGUCGUCUCCCCUCGACGCGCCUUCGCAGAGUGGGACGUCAGAAACUCCCAAAUUCGCCUCCGUCGACACUCAAGAGGGCGACGAGUCGAGUGCCGCUAGACUCCCCUCUUUUUCCUCCGUUGUCGCCGCAGCGCAGAAAGGAGACCUGCCUGGGGCCAGCACCACCCCCGUUGCCGGGCCCGAGCCUUCCAGUGUUCUCUCCUCUCCGUUCAACCACGCCCCUAUCUCCCCGUGUGCAUCUCCUUGCGUGGCCUCGACGUCGCGAGCGACUCCCGUUUCAUCAGAAAGCCAGCAGACGCCGAGUCUCGCUCCCGCCCUGUCGAAAGGGCAGCCGCAGGCGCAUCCUCCUGUCCCCAGGCAAGACGAGAGCGAUGGCGCAGAGGCCGAAAACACGUAUGCCGUGCGAAUCGUGGUCACAGGGCCCGCCAGGUGGCGAGGCGACCUCGCUUUCCAGGGGUCGCCGGCAAUGCUCUGCUCCAUUCUGAGGCUGACACCCUGCGGAGAAGAACCCAGCGACGCGGAGCAAGCAGCUGCAGAAGGGACAGGAGGCCGCGAAUCAGACAACGCCAAUGAGCGCCCGAGGAUUCCCAAGUGGCGGGAAGAAAUCGUGCUUCAGAAACGAGGCUGGGGGCCUCUGGUUCUAGAAGAGGUCCUUAUUCACUCACGCCGGAUUCAGCAUGAACGAGAAAUUGCACGCGAUGGCGGCGAGGGCGACAGAUUCGGCGGAGGCAAGCGAGGAUUCGAGGUUUUGCUUCUUCAUUUCCACCGCUCAGUCGACGAGAUUCCCCUUCCCGCAGAAGACAGCCCCUUCAUUCCGCCGUCGGCUCUGACUCACGCGCCUCUUUCUGUCCUUUGCCUUCCUCUCUCUGCGCUGGACUUGGGGCCGACUGAGGCGAAGUAUCGUCUCACGCUGCCGCCCCCGUCCCCAUUCGUCCUUUCGUCCUCCUUUCUUCUUUCUUCUUUUUCGCCUGAGAAGCUCCUGAGAGACUACCAGUCCGUGCUCCACAACACCGCGCGCGGCGCCAAUCGCUGCAACGUCAUUUUAUUUUCCCUGAAGCUCUCUCCUCUUCUUCGAUCGUCUUCGGCAUCGAACAAGGCGCAGCUGCUCGACCUCCACACACAGACACAGCGCCAGCGCAUGCUGCUGGCUUCCACCGCGAAGGGAAGUUCUCUUUCGUGCCCGUUUGUUUCUUCCUCCCUGUCGGUGUUGCAGCCAGACCCGCGCCACAGAACUUUGGCCUCUUCUGAUUUCUUUGACGGCGCGCAGAAGGCGUUUUUAGGCUCUUCUGCGUCAGCGGUCGACUGCGAAAAGUCGCGCAGCCGCGUUGCCCUUAGACACCGUUCUGUCGUCGGAGUCCCCGCUUCAUCGGCGGGCCUCACUUCCUUCUCUGCGCUUCGUCUUCUUCCAUCAACUCUCGAUGCUCCUCAGCAACUCGAAGGCGGGCCUGCCGCUUUCCGGUCUCCCUCUUCGGUCGUCUCCGCGCCCGUCGCCGCGCCGAGAGCCGGGCUCUUUGGGCGAGGAGACCCCGGGGCCCCGAGGCCCGCGUGCACCCAAGAAGAUCCAGACUGCGGAGCCGAGCAAGAGGCGGAGCGGGAAUCGCCGCCGCCGGAGGCAGUUGACCAGACACCCAGCUCCGUUCUCUGGGGAAGCCCUUCUGAGGAAGCAGCGGUGUCCCGUGAGGCUGAGACAUCAUUGCUGACGUCUGAAGACGGAAUCUCAGGACGAAGCAAGGAAGAAAGGAUGAGUCACACAAGGAAGGAAGCCGAAGGAGGAACGGCUGAUCUAGCGCAGUCCGACACUGUAGCGAUCCACACCCUUUAUUCUCUCAAUAAGGUUGGCGCCAAGCUGAGAGGCGGCGACUUGCCUCUUUCGUCGUCUCUCUCCCCCGCGUGCAAUUCUGCAUCUGACUCGCGCAUCCCGCCGUUCGCGCUCGCGGGAGAGGACGGCAGACUCGCUUCUUCUCUGCAGCGCAGACUCCUUCACAAGCUUGGGCAGUCAGCGAGAGCGGGCCUUCCUCGGCUCGGUGUGCGGGAGAGAGAGAGGCAGAGCGAGACCGCAACUCCGCUCGAGCUGGAGGAGAUCUACCCCGACGACAGUGUCUCUGUGAAGGACGCUGGAGGCGGUAGACGACCGUAUGUGGAGUCAUCCGAGGAGGACCGCGACAGCGACUACGAGAGACGUCUCCGCCCGCCGUCGUCGACCUCCCUUUUGAGAGGCGACUCCGGCAGAGCGCGGCCGCAGGGCGACUGUGCGUCGGUGUUGAGCUGCAGCCUGAACAUCGCGUCCCUGGAGAGGGGUCGCGAGCGGCUGCUAAUGAUGGCUGAAGCGGUCAAAAAGGCGAGCAGUAGCGGCGCUGUGAAGACGCCGACGAACCUGCUCAGUCUGUCGCAGGGCCUGUCGCCCCUGCUGCGGACCCCUAGCCGGGAUGCGUGUUCCAGCGAUGACGACGCGGAGACGCACAGCUGCUGCGGCAGCUCGGUGACGCUGCGUACCGACGGCCGGUCGCGGAAGUCCACGCUGACUACGUCAAUCAAGCGCAUGGACUUCCUCAUGAAUCAGGCGCAACUCCUUCUCCAGAGGCGGCAAAUGAAGCAGCAGCAAAAGCUCCUUGCUCGCCAGCGAGAGGAGGCAGAACGCGGCGCGCGAGAAGCGGCCCGCGCUGAGGAAGCGCCGUCAGAGCGCGAAGCGGAGGGGGGACGCCGACGCCGCCAGCCCGCGGAGGAGGACUUACUGCCGAGUCUGGAGAGUGAAGACCUCGCUGUACCGCAGCCGGCGAACGACGCAGAGGCUGCCUCGUUGGCUGUCCCGAGCACCGAGGGGCAAAGACCCGGAGCAUCGAAUGAGCAGUCGAGCGAGGAAACUCAGAUCGCGCCGGGAGAAGGUUCGCCAGAAGACGAUCUGGGAGCACCCGGAACGACUGAGCAGCCCCUUGCCGAGAGCGCGAAAGGAAAUCCAGGAGACUCGACGGGACAGACCUCAAAGGCGGAGGCCUCAUUCGGCGCGGGAGACGCCCUUCCAGCUCGUCGCUCGUCGUCGAGGUCGGGUUUGGAGACCGUCGAGGGACGUGUCUGCGGAAAUGAGAAGAAAGCCGAGGCGCCAGAGUUCGCGUCUCGCGCCGACGGACAGCACGUGGCGCGCGAGGAGACGGCCGCGCGGGAAGCUGUCACGACGACGACCGGAAGCGCCGCUUGGGGCGAAGACGGCCCGAGCUUGGAGGUCCCCAAGGGGGCGGAGGAGACCUUGCAGGAAACGGGAUUGGGCGGAGAUGGGGGAGAGGCCGCGCUCAAGAGCCCAGACACCCCGGCGCGCCAGACAUCGGAGGCGUUUGACGCGAAGGCGGCUGGGAAGUGCGAGUCCGGUCCCGAGUUCUCGUUCGAGUCAACCUCGUGCGCGCCUGUGUCGCCCGAAAGCGAUGCGCACACCUGCUUCCCACCCUCCUUCUCUCUGCAGCCGCCCCCAUCUCAUUCCGCUCUUUCACAAGAUCUGCUAACCUCUCCUCCCCCGUCGGACCUUCCCGGGACUGCGAACCUGUCUGCCUCUGUCGCGUCGCCCCUUCCCCAAGACGCGCCUCCGCUCCCCGCGUCCACGCCUCAGCCGCAGGCUGAUGAGGUCUCCCGCGAGUUCGGAGACGGCGUCGCGAACGCGGUGCGCGAGCGAGUCUUGCCAGUCUCGCCAGACGAAGGGAAGGAGAGAGACACGCACCAAGACGAAGAUUUCCGCGCUAUGGUUGAACAGCUGCGCGGCUACAUGUCCCGUGUCGAACAGCGCCUAUCGAAGAGACUCGCCAGCAACAAGCGGCGGGCCUGCAAGAGGGCGAAAUCCGGCGCGUCUUCGAGAGCCAACGCGGGGGAGAAGGAAACUGCUUUCGACGCUGAAAUGGAGGAUGCGAAGGGAGCGAAACAGCAGGCCAGCGAGGAACGAACUGAAGGAGACUCGCUCCAGACGCUCCCUGAGAACGAGGCUGACCGCGAGCGCAUGCACCUCGAGCAACUCGCCAAGAAACACAGAGAGGACCGAGCGGCUCUCGAACGGCUCGAAGCGGAGUGCGCCAAAGCGCGAGAAGACGUCGCGAGCUUGAAGGCCGACUUGGCUCGCGCGAGGGUGGAGAAGGACGUGGAAGCGCGGGAGCAGAGUGAGCGGGCGCUGGCGCGGCAGAAAGAGGCGCUGGAGCUCGCCUUUGCGCGGGAGAAGGAAGUCCUGCAAGAGAGACUAAAGGUCGCGGAAACGGCGAAGUGCGAGGCGAAAGUGAGAGACGCAGAGAGGGAGGCACACGCGGAGAAGACAGACAGCGACGAGAAGCGCCUGCUGAAGCAGCACGCGCAGAGGCUCGCGGCCGCCUACGGAGCCCUCUCCACGAAGGUGCAACUCGAAGACGCCCUGCGUGCGCAGUCCAUGAAGAAGAGGGAAGACGAAAUCCGAGCUCUCUCGCAUCGCGUCUCCGAACAAGACAAGCUUCUGAAACAGCGAAGCGAAGAAAACGAACGUCUGCGCAUACAGCUUCAGGCGCUGCUGACCGACCAUCGAAAAGGACGAGGCGACGACUCGCUCGUCAACGCGGCAGCAGCAAAGCGCGCAGACCCACCGGCGUCCGCCAGUUCUUCGUCUUCAGCCAGAGAAACUGAAGACCUCCGGCGCCAGCUGCAGGAUGCCAAACAGGAAAUCAUCAGGCAGCAACAGAAGAUUCAGCUGCUCGAGGACCAGCAGCGGAGCUUGGCGAUAUGCACGUCCUCGUCGUCUUCGCUGUCUGCCGUGUUCUCUGCGUCUACCUCGCCCCCCGCUCCGCCUGGUCACUGCGUGGCGCCCACCGCUGCGGCGCAGGUUGAAGCUCUGCAGCGCGAACUGGCCUUUGCGCAGAAAGAAAGGGCGCGCCUGUUGGUUUUGGAGCAGCAGCGGGAGAAGGAGAAGCGCCAGCUUGCCGACCUCUUUUCGCUUCAGAGCAUGCGUGUCCGCGAGCUCGAGCAACAGCUCCUGCACAUCGAUGAGCAGCUCGCGAACGUCCUCUCCCACUCGACUGGCGCGGGCUCCUCCUCGUCGCUUCGCUUCUAUUCGCCCGCGUCCACGUCCGUGGGCGCCUCGAGAUCUGGCGGCGUCGGCGCGGCCUCAGAGCGGGGCGCCCAGGCGCCGGGAGGGAGAGACGCGCAGCGGGCGCCAGAGAGAGACGCCUACGCACAUCUCGUGCGCAAGCUGACUCCCGCGCCACCCCCUACGGACCGCAGCCCUGCCUCGCCCGCGUCCUUCGCGUCAGCGUCGCAGGAGCGGAGACUCCGCGACGAGAGCGAGAAGAGGCGUAGCCACGGGCCCUUUGCCGGCGAGGACGGCGCCCAGCUGCGCCCCUCGCUCCUCCAGCGUCUCCGCAGCAUGCGUGAAAGCAUCAAACACCUCCAGCAGCAGCUGCCCGCUGUGCUCCUCCCGGGCGCUACGCUCGGUGGUGCGGAGGCGUCCCAGCAGGAGGCUGGCGAGAGCCGCGGCAAGGACGGGGACGCUGCGGAGGGCUCGACUCCCCAGAGAGAGGGGGGAGACAAGGAGUCGAAAUGCGCGCCUGCCGCAGCCCCGCAGCCUUCACCGGCGUUCGCGUCUUCGCAGCGAGGAGGAGCAGGCUCGACUUUCCUCUUUCCGUUCAGGCGGGGCAACUCGCGUCUGGUGCUUCUGACUUCUCCGCAGGGUCCUCUCCAGGGAGAGCGAGCCUCGCAGAGCGCUGUAGGAGGCAGGCGAGACACACGCGAGCGCACUGCUAGCGUCUCGCGCAUGGAGAAGCGAGCGCCGGCGUCUGCCGCGAUCGGCAACCUCACGCACACACAGGAGACAGGUCGGUCGGCGUCGGCUCUCGCUCGCCAGUCUGGGGUCUACACCCCUCUCGUGCCCGCUGCUCAGCCUUUCUACGAGCGAAGACAGACGCCGAGGCACACUCCGCGAUCUUGCUCUCCGUCUCUGCGCCUGAUCACGCGAAACGACACCGGUUUGGUAGCCUCGCCCGCUCUCGCAGUACCCGUCUCACAGGAGCGCCUUAAGCUCGCGUCCGCGUACUCCGCGUGCGGCGGGAUGUCUUCGUUUGCAUCCUCGGCCUCCUCCGCCUCCUCUGUAGCCGCGUCCUCAGUCGAGGGAUUCGUAGACAAAGCGAGAGAGCAGAGAGGCCUGCACACGCGUUUAGUCGGCGACAAAGAGGCACGACGCGGCCGCGAGCGGGUCGCCAGCGGCAGUGCGGCCUCGCACAUCCGCUCCGCAUCGCUGUCUCUCCUGCAGGCCUCGGUCUUCUCCUCGGCGUCGCCGCGGAGGGCCUCGCCCAGCCCGUCGAGUCCCGCGUCUCCGGCGUCGCGCUCGGCCUUCCUGCCACCAUCGUAUGUCUCCUCGACCCAGAGACAGCCCUCCCCGGCCCUGGCGCGUCCAGCGACCGCCGCCUACAUGGCGUCCGCAGCGUACCCCGUUCAGCUGGCGUCCUCUUCGCUCACAGGCGCCAAGCUCUCUGCUUCGGGGCUCGUGCCUUCGCCUCUCGUGGCUCACGCAGGCUCAGAUGCCAAACGCGCAGACGAUGUGCGGCGCCUGGCGCCCGGCUUCUACUCGACACAGACGCUAAGGGACGCCACCUCGUCCUCGUGCUCCGCUACGGGAUUCGGCUGUGCGGGAAUGCUGCGGGGCGGUGAGCGACCUGCCCGCGAAGAGAGUCCGCGGGCAGCGAGCGAGGUCCAUCACCUUCCUGCAGGGCACUCGCAAGCCCCUGGCUGCCGACCUGCCUCCCCCGCCGCAGUCUACCGCUACGCGACGCCCUCGCGGCUUCUGAGGCGAUAA